UGCCGGUGCCGUCGUUCAUGGAUGCGAAGGUGAUCGUGUCCGCCUACGAGGAGCUGCCGCCGCGCCGGCGCCGCCGUCUCAUCAGCCGUGUCGCGCCCGCGGCGGCGGCCAGGCAGGCCGGCGGCGGGUACAGCCGCCGGGGGCUGCUGCUCGCGUACGCGCAGCAGCUGCGGCGUCGACGUCGCGUGGGGCAGCAGCAGCAGCAGCAGCUGGAGCAGAGAGGCCCGCCGUUGCUGGAGUGGGGCGAAUGGAAGGCGGCGGGUCGCGUCGCCGCCGGCGACGUCGCUAUGAUGAGGAACGGGCGGGGGAGCUGGUGCUCCAGGCUGCGGUCCUGCGCCCGGCUCUGGAUCAGGACGUUUCUUCGGCGAGCCAGGAGGAUCAGAGAGAAUGCAUCGUGCAAGAAAUAGAGACGAGCAAACAGGCUAA